CAAUACAAUCCCCCACCCAACCCAACCGAGUUGCAUAAAUACCUAUUCAAUUUUACCAAAAUCAAAACACAAGAAUCAAAAGUAACACACCCCAUAUGGCUUCAAAUUCAAUCAAGCUAUCACUCAUUUUUCUUCUAACAAUUUUCAUAACCUCAAAGGCCAUAUUACAUGACCAAAUUAAAGAAACAAACAUGACACUAUAUUUUCAAGAUUGGUCUGGUGGUCCAAAUGCUACUGUGCUACAAAUAACAGGCCAUCAAGAUCAUGGUCUUCUAAGUUUUGCCAAAUUUGGUUCUGUUUUUGUUACUGACGAUCCAAUAACACAAGCCUUCGAUGAAAACUCUGCGGAAAUCGCUAGAGCACAGGGCAUAUAUGUUACGUCUGCAUUGGAUGGCAAAAUUUCUCAUGUAUUAAUAUCAAUUAUUUUCACCAAUGAUGACUGUAAAGGUAGUACUUUGGAAAUACAAGGUGCUAGUCCUCAAUUUGAAAGAGUAAGAGAAGUGGCAAUUGUUGGUGGUACUGGAAAAUUUAGACUUGCUAGUGGAUAUGCCACAUUUGAGACUAUUCACUUUGAUUUGGCAAUUCAUUACGUUGUUAUUCAGUGUAAUGUUACCAUUUUACAUUACUAAUUUGGGAAUUAACAAAUUGUAGUGUGGUUUAAUUUGUUUCCCUUUUAAUUUGUCGAUGUAAAGGCUAUCUAGAAUAACACUGUAAGAAUACGAAAAAGAAAAAGUCGUGGAGGUAGAGAAAGGCUAGCUUGAACUUUCUAAAUAAUUGCUGAUUUUUAUAUUAAUAAGUAUAAUCUUUUGGCCA